CGUCGCCAGGGGGAGCUAGUUUUCACCCACACCACCGGAAGCUGUAGAUCGAAGUUUGUUUAUGCCUUAGCUUUUCUGCUUCCCGUCAGAAAGUUAUAGAAAUAAAUAUGCUCAACAAUGAAAAGCACUAUGAGGAUUUAAGUAAAGGGUUAGAGAGUGUUCCCGUUAUUAUCGAGAGGAGCUCCGCCGAGUUUCAUACAUUUCAGUAUACUCCAGAUAAUAUUCAGGGACCAGGAUGCAUCGUUGACCCCAGUGAAGUCACACUUCCUGGGUGCCCCUGUCUUGCCCACUCCUGCUUGACGCAGAGCUGCUGCUGCCUGCAAGCUCAUGGGCAGGUGUACGACUGCACCGGCACCCUGCAAGACAUCAACAGAGCAGACACCGGGUACAGCUCGCCCGUGUUUGAGUGCAAUGCCCUUUGCACCUGCAGUGACAAUUGCGCUAACCGUGUCGUCCAGAUGGGGUUACGGCUCAGACUGGAGGUUUACAGAACCAGAAACAGAGGCUGGGCAGUACGGGCCCUGGACACCAUCACAAGAGGGACAUUCGUGUGCGAGUAUGCAGGAGAAGUUGUCAGCUUCGAAGAGGCCCGACGCAGACAGCUUGCUCAGAGAUCAGAGGAAAAUAAUUAUAUCAUUGCCAUAAGGGAGCAUUCAGGUGUGGACUCCAUCACUGAGACUUUUGUGGACCCAACCAUGGUGGGAAACGUGGGCCGCUUUCUCAACCACUCUUGUCUGCCAAACCUGUUGAUGCUGCCGGUCCGCGUGCAUUCUGUGAUUCCCAGACUGGCGCUGUUUGCUGCAAGGGACAUCAAUGCACUGGAGGAGCUGACGUUUGACUACUCAGGAGGAUACAGUAAUCAGCCUCCAGUGGAGCUGCUGUCCUCACAAAGUGACGCCGCCAUUCAGGCCAGUAGGACAGAUGGACUCCAGAGGAAACUGUGCCAUUGUGGUGCAAAAACCUGCACCCAGUUCCUUCCAUUGGAUUUAUCUGUUCUCAACUAAACAAUGACUGAAUGACAAGAGAGGUUUUUGAUUGUCAGUGAUAUGGGUCCUUAACAAAUAUGUUAUUUCCUUCUGGCUCUAUUAUCAGCUUUGAGAGAGUUUUAUUCAAUUUCUCAUCAGAAUAAGACAACAUAUGGUGGAUCCAUAAACAGUCAGCUGGAUGAGUAAUGUCUCUGCCUGUUAUUGUUUCCUGUUUAGUCUCCUGAUAUGUCACGGUCUUAAUGCUCUCUCCCACUCAGACAAGCUUUGCUUUUCUGCAAGAGUAGACUUGUGUUUUCAUCUCUUUUUUCCACUUUUCUUCAAAAUUUGUUUCAUCAGUCAGGGGAGACUGUUCGUCCUGUAUAGGAUGUGUCCCACUGGGACCGGAUAGUUUUGAAGCUGUCAUCUUGCCCUACAGCAUAUACAGUGAAUCCAGUUUGUCAAAUAAUGCAUGAAUUCUGAAGUGGCAAGAGAUUACAUGAAGGAAAUACAUAUAGGUUAUAGACUUACAUCUUUGCAUAUGCCAGAGCUACUGUAUAUGUGUAGGAGUAUAUCAUGUUGAAUCAACUUCAUAUUUAAGGGAAAAAAACAUCACGUCUCCAUCAACUUGACAUUUCUUUUGUGUUCAUGUGACGCAGUCUCCAUCGUAGAUAUUCUCAGUUUCUCAUCACAUUCAAACCUUGAGAGAGAAGGGACCAAUUAAAAAGAGCCAGAGGGUAUUUUUAUAUAGAAACCGGCUUUAUUCCCCCGUCAAAGGAGGGGGGCAAAGGUGUCCCACUUUAGUGUGACCAUUCUGAAAUCAGGGCCGUCUCUCAGUGUGAUCCAUUUCUAGUCUAGACCUGCUUUCAUCUUAUUAAUAUCCACAUCUGGGUUAAUUAGGAUGGAGAUUGUAAUUCACCCGGAAUUGGGACAUGGAAGCCCUCUGCUGAUCGGAGGCUGCCUUCGAGUUGAUUGGUUUUUGUAUGGUGUUGCAAGUGGCACAGGAUGUUGUUGUGUCAACCUAUAUUUCUCCUCUGUAUGGGCUACAUACUGUGUGAGUCUUACCUGUCAUAUUGGUCAACGCAGCCUGGUUCUGUUUAAAGAGAACAUUCUCCACCCGCUGUCAAGGGGCACAGGCAUAUUUUCAAAUUGUCAAAGCCUUUAAGCUCCUCCAAGUGAUGAUCUGACACAGUAGUAGUCAUAGUAGAAUGACAUCUGAGGGCAUAUAGUGUCCAGUAGAUUUUAUAAAAUAUGUUAAGCCACAGCUUAUGACAAGGAAGGCUUUAAAGCCAUGUGGGGGAAUGUGGAUGGAUGCUGCAGUGGAUGUAUUCAUGGCCAUGAAGAAAACUAGGACAGGCAUUAUAGGAAAACCUAUACUCAGGCAUUUCUUAAACCGAAGAACAGAACUCUAUAGAAUGUUCUAGGUCAAGGUUUUUCCCCCACUAUCAGCUGAAGAAGGUGCCAUUCUCUGGAUUUCUCCUCAUUCUGCUACAGUACAGUAGAAUUUUGCAUUUUAUUUGAAGAUGAGAAACCUCCCAUGUAACCUGUGGCCCUGUUUGGUGCGUCUGUUCAGUACUUAAGACGCUAUUUUAAAAAACAAUAAAAAGCACUCUCUCUUCAGAUGCGUGACUCAUGUCAUUCUCAAGUCCCCGUGUUCUUGGAGUCGCCAUGGCGACCGGCUGUGUGUACAGGAGGUGAUUUGGUUGGUUCGGAGGUGCACGAAAGCUGUUCUCAAAUCCUGACUGUUAUAGAGCCGGGCUGCGAAUCCUUUCCACGACGGUCACCUAGCAACAACUAGUUAAUCAUAGGAGGUGAACCUCCCCACCGAACCCUGUCCACAGAAAACCAAACAUGCCAAGGAUGGAUUACAAUACAGAAGCCUGUUAGUGUGAGAGUGGCAGAAGACGCUUUUCCCCAUUGUGUGGUGGUAAUUACUUACUGGUUUUGCACUGUGGCAGAGCAAAGAAGCUAUUGUGUCAUGUUUCAGAUUCAACUGUUCGCCUAAUAUAUUAGUCAAGUUGGCCUUGCUUUUUUUAGUGAGUUGCCUAAUAUGAUGUGUUUAUAGUCAUACAUGUACUUUGACAUUUUGGAAAAUUAAUUUGCAGCUCGUCAUUAAAAAUAUGAAUGUCACCAAU